GUCUGGGGUGCCGAGAUGAUGAUAAUGACAGAUAACCCGACUCCAAAGGUCCCAGCAGCUGGGGUCUCCCCUCAGCCCUUGAGUGACCAUGUCCAACCCCAGGCCCCACCUCCGUAUGAGGACCGCAACCCCCUGUACCCUGGCUCUCCACCCCAGGGGGGCUAUGGGCAGCCGUCUGUCCUGCCUGGCGGGUACCCUGCCUACCCUGCCUACCCACAGCCUGGCUACGGUCACCCUGCUGGAUACCCACAACCUAUGCCCCCCAUCCACCCAAUGCCCAUGAACUACGGCCCAGGCUAUGAUGGGGAGGAGAGAGCAGUGAGUGACAACUUUGGGCCUGGAGAUUGGGAUGACAGGAAAGUCCGACACACCUUCAUCCGAAAGGUUUACACCAUCAUCUCUAUCCAGCUGCUCAUCACGGUGGCCAUCAUCGCUAUCUUCACCUUUGUGAAGCCAGUCAGUGAGUUCGUGAGGAGAAAUGUGGCUGUCUACUACGCAUCCUAUGCUGUCUUCCUGGCUACCUACCUGACUCUUGCCUGCUGCCAGGGACCCAGACGCCGUUUCCCAUGGAACAUCAUCCUGCUGACCCUCUUCACUCUUGCUCUGGGCUUCAUGACUGGCACCAUUUCCAGUAUGUAUCAAACCAAAGCUGUCAUCAUCGCGAUGAUCAUCACUGCUGUGGUGUCCAUUUCAGUCACCGUCUUCUGCUUCCAGACCAAGGUGGACUUCACCUCGUGCACAGGCCUCUUUUGUGUCCUGGGAAUUGUGAUGAUGGUGACUGGGAUUGUCACCGCCAUUGUGCUGUCCUUCAAAUAUAUUUACUGGCUCCAUAUGGUCUAUGCUGCUCUGGGGGCCAUUUGUUUCACCUUGUUCCUGGCUUAUGACACGCAGCUGGUCCUGGGGAACCGGAAGCACACCAUCAGCCCGGAGGACUACAUCACUGGUGCCCUGCAGAUCUACACAGACAUCAUCUACAUCUUCACCUUUGUGCUGCAGCUGGUGGGGAGUCGUGAUUAAGGAGUGCCCCCAGUUCCACUCUACCCUGGGCUCUCCCUUCUCCAGAGGGCUGGGCCCUGUGAUGGGGGUCUGGGCCUCAGACUUUUUCCUUCCCCUCAAGUAAUAUGCCCAGUUUCCUUUCUGUCCUGGGGUGAGCGGCCUCUGGCUGUGGAUGUGUGGGUACCUCCUGGUGGGGCUUGAGGAACUAGAGACUAACUCUUGCCCUUGGUGGACCUGGCAGGGACUAGGAUGAAGAUGUGCCUUCUCCCUCUACCAUGUGGCAAUAAAUUCUUCUUAACAGCUAGGGUUGGAGCUGGGAGGGAUGAAAAGAGCCUAUAAAAUAGCUAACAGGGGAUAUGAGAGGUAGAAGUGACUUCAAGGUGAUGAGGUUUCCCCUCUCACAUCUGCUAUAGGCUUCUGGGCUAGGUAGCUAGAGCUGUUUCCUUCCCUUGACCCCCAACAGAGCCAAAGAGCUUUGUCCCCAGCCUCCUGGACUCAUAGGCCAUUAUUCUGCAUUCUUUUGGCAAACCUUGGCACUUCCCAGCUCAGGAAGGUAGAAGAGAUCUGUGCCUGUGGGUCCCCGCUCCUUUAACCCCUCUUCUUUUGAUGGCAUGUAUAUACUGUUUAUCUGGGGUGGGGUGGGGGUGGGGUGAGGAAGAGGAAGAGGAGAGUGAGCAAAGUUGAGCACAGGGGCCAAUACAGAGCAGCAUCUACCCUGGGCUUCCUCAAGGCCGUGGUGGUGGCAGGGAGAGCAGGCCGUUUGUAGCCAUGUAGUCCCCAUUCUCCAAAGCUGCCUGGGGCCUCUCUGGUGCUUGAGAGCCCCAAUCAGAGGGAUCUCUUGCUUCCUGUGCUCAGGCUGCUCAAGGCGGAAAGUGAGGGGCAAAGGUCAGGAGAGGGGUGAUUUGUAGGACUGGAAGUGUGGCCAGGAAGUAACCAGGAUGAAGAGACUGGAUUGGGGGCAGGGGAAAAUGCCUUGGAGUUGCCCCCUGGGAUGAGAGAUGUGGAAGCCUACUGUGGCAUCCAUGGAAGCUUCUGUGUUCUUUCCUUCUGCUAACCUGGGGAGGGCCCUGAGAGGAAGGGGACUUCUCCUCAGUUUGUUCUUAACUCUCGCUGGAGACUUUAGACUCAAACCCCGUUUCUCCAGCCAGCUACUGCUUUCUUCCCGACACCAAGUGCCUCAAGCUGGAAUGGGGAAGAGGGACAAAGCAUCACUCUAUUGGGUGGGGUGGAAACCGAAUUAGCCCAUAUAUAAUUAGAACUUCUCUAUUAGUCCUUGGUCCUAAGUACAUCACAAAAAAGACCUAACUAGAAAUGUAAUAAAGUUUUAUGUUUAGAAGUUAAAA